CGCCAGUGUGUACGUAGUCGUUGUCACUCGCUUCCCCAUUCCCGCUGUCGUCGUCUCGAGACAUUUAUCUUGCCUGUUGAGGAGAUUGAAAGUGCUUCUUAUUGAUCACGUUUGCGCUUCGGCGUUAUUUCAUUUAUAUAUAUAUAUGUAUAUAUAUAUAUAUGCAUACAUUUCAACUGAUUUCGAGGCGGUGAGAUCCAUCAUUCUUCUCGUACCAGGAGUUCGAGGGCAUUGAGCGUGCGUUGUCUGUGAGGUUUUUCGGAGGAAGUUUUGAGAGAAGUUUUUGCAAUUGUAUGCCGAAUCUUACCGAUGGUUGAGUGGAAAUGACCAUCGGGAGUUAGGAUUUUAAGGUUUAGUCUUGAAUCAGGUUUCGCAGAGAUGCGCAGUGUGUUUCUGCGGGUUCUCGUGUGAGAGAGAGAGAGAGAGACCGAGACAGUGUAAGUUAACUCGUUUGUGCAGAUUAUAGUUUCGGUGGAUUAACUUGCUCGUUGAGGAAACACGUCGUGUAGAGUUGAAGUUACAGUCAGGCGGAUGGGAUGCACACCUAAACGGCCUUCAUUUAGUCUGGCGAAGCAUAGUUUCUUCGUGUUACCUUCGUUACCUUCUUCCCAGUUUGUUACUUCAAGCAGUAGGUGAGUAGCAGACGUGGAGAAUGAGGAGUAAGUAAAGAGAAAAGUGAUACAAAUUAGGUGUGUCAAGUACUAUCGCACUGAGGUUGUGUAGAUUACCAUGAUGCCAGGCCUCAUGAGUCUCAGGCCUGUGGUUACAGCUGCAAAAACAAGCAGACGGACAUCAAGGCUGUCGGAGAAAAUAGCGGAGGAGACAGAGCGAGCUGCACCUUCUGCAACAAAGUUGAAAGCCUCAAAGGUUCACCCUAUAAAUACGCGCGCCUUCCAGCCGGCUGCUAUGAUCAGCCCUCAGCUUUUUAGGGCCAAACAAGUAACGGAUCCAUGGCCCGAAAAUGUGACAGCGCGGCUAGUAGGAAGUGACAAAGAUGUGGAGAAGGUGAAUUACAGUUCCAGUGGAAGCGAGCAUGGGCCGAGUUCCAACUGCUUGGCUGCAAUGGUACAUGAGUUCAUGGAGGAAGAGGAGAGAGGGAAGUGCGGAAGAGCCAGGUGCAACUGCGAAUCUGGUACAUGCGACGGUGAUGCCCAGGCUUGCCUUGAAGCUGAGGAUGCCAAGUCCAGCCUCGGAGGUGAUCUUUCUGAAGUUUUGCAGGGCUUAGCUCCAUGCGUCACUGAACAAGAAACUUCACUUCUAGUUGAGGUGAUAAAAGCAAUCGACGCUAUUACUGAAGAGAACAGCACUGAAGGUAAAGAUGAGAAAAAGGAGUGCGCUAGCAUUGUGUGCAGAAGACGGGCCGUAAUGAAGUACCUCCGAGGCCGCGGCUAUAAUGCCGCUCUUUGCAAGUCGCGGUGGGAUCAUUCGGGUAGCUUUCCAGGAGGUGAUUACGAGUACAUAGAUGCCGUCUUUGCAAGCUUGGAUGGAUCUCAAGCAAGACUGAUCGUUGACAUUGACUUUCAAGGUCAAUUCGAGAUUGCAAGGCCUACUGCUCAAUACAAGCUUGUGUAUCAAGCUCUCCCUCCUGUAUACGUUGGAACAACAGAUCGGCUGUCGCAGAUCAUUAAUGUGAUGUCAGAAGCGGUCAAGCGGUCUUUGAAGAAAAAAGGGAUGUUUCUUCCGCCGUGGAGAAAACCCGAAUACGUGAAAGCGAAGUGGUUUUCUUCGUACAAACGGACUACAAAUGAAGCUUCCCAACGUAAGCUGCAGAGGGAUUCUGCUAGCUCCGGCGUUGUACCAAAUAUCUCCUUGGUUGCUGUGAGAAGCAUAGAUUGGGACAAAAAGUUCACAAGUGAGAUGGAGCGUGAGUUUGCGAAUGCGGGAUCUAGGCUUAUGAUGAAGGAAGCUAAGAACGGGGUGGAGUUGCAGAAAGCUGCGAAACAAGCAGUUGACAGAGUGGAGGCAGAACUCGAGGGUGUUGUCCGUGGUGUCGAUAGGUUUAAGUAUCUUUCCACGGAUGUCAAAACUGAUGUUCCUAGGGAGAUUCGAGAGAUUGACAAUACAGAUUGGCAGCUACCCGAACUUUUGCCAAGACCUUCGAGGGGGCGAGGCGCAUCAACAGGCUUGACGUUGGUCUUGAGAGAAGCGGGACUGAUUGGCAACAAUCGGAUCAGCGACCUUGGAGGUGCAAAAAAUUUCGACUUACCGGUUGCGGCAAUGUAAUCUGUCGUCGUUGUGACCUGGGUCUUAGCAUAGCCUCGGUUUGCCAUUAAAGUAGUCCACCUCGGCAAUAUAUGUAAAAAUAGUAUAUAUGUAAUUCUUAAUUAUUGUGCAUAUAGAGGCCAACUAAUAACUAGCGCAAGCUUCCUGAGACACCAUUUUCAUUUGAAGUUUCAGAAGUCCGUCGGCAAUCAGGUCCUCCAUGCCAAUGAGAACCUCAAGGAAGAUUGCUAAGGGGUGCGCAACGUGAGUCGUAGGCUGGAACCCGUAGACAGUUUUAGGACUAAAGAGUCCUUCAUGAAGCGUAGGUGUUUCUUUUCCUUUUGCAUUAGGCUGGGGAUAUAUUCCUAAAAAUUGGUUCACAUAGGGUCUUGAGAAAUGUACUGGUUACCAUGUGCAGUAUCUUUGCUGUGUUGAUUAUGGAGUUACUCUAAAGGCAAUAUCUUUUACGAGUAAACUUAUUCUGAAAUAUUCAACCUAACAAUCCGUUUAUAUACCUGAACAUACUACUGCAGAACCUUCUCAUGUAGUAUUUUGUUUUCGUGUAUGCUCAAUAAACCAAGUUCACUCAA